UUCUUCAACAUUUAUUAUUCUUAGAUACGCCCAUUCUACUACAUGUUCAUGUCCGAAAAAAAGUAUUAUAAACCUAUUAAUUUUGCAUUUUGCUAAUUUAAAAAAUAAUUCAAUGUCCAUAAAUCCGAAUAACCACAUUUCAAUCAAAAGCCUAAGCUAGUAGACUUUUAAUAACGAGCAAACAAAACAACUGAAAUAUAUCUACUGAUAUUUCUGAAUACAUAUUUCUUAUAUUUAUCAUUACACAAAUAAAGAAUUAUAAUUAUUAUAAUUUUUUCGAAAAAAAGCAGUAGUUAAAAUGUCAAAUACAGCAAUAUUACAGGCUAAAGUGGAAAUAAACAAUUCUUUAGUUCUGAUCACGUUUUGUAUGAAAUGUAUGGGACUAUCUUUUGAAGAUGCAAAGAGUACAACGACUUAUUUUAUCCAGAAACUGGUACUCCUUCUUUCUGUCUCUGCUGUAUGCUAUCACGUCUUCAGUGAUAUUGUGUACAUAGCCAUCACGUUAGCCAACUCGCCACGAGUAGAGGACGUAGUUCCACUUUUUCACCCCUUUGGAUAUGGUGUUUUAAGUAUCGCAAAAGGGUUUGCACUGUGGUACAAGAAAGAUGAUUUCAAACAACUCAUUGACGAACUCGCUGUUAUUUGGCCGGAUACGAAAUCAGACCAGGAAGCGCAAACUAUUAAAGACAACACACUUGCUACCUUGCUUAUCACCCAUCAAUGGUACUUCGCCAUAAACAUAGUUGGAAUGUUAUUUUAUGGUCUUACUCCAAUCGUCAUUUAUAUAUACGAGCAGUUGCUGGGACAAGAGCCAGAAAUGGGUUUUGUUUGGAUUUGCUGGUAUCCGUUCGAUAAACGGAAGCCCAUUGCACACGUUUUUGUUUAUUUAUUCGAAGUAUUUAUUGGACAAACAUGUGUUUGGGUUAUGGUGAGCACUGACUUAUUAUUUUCUGGAAUGGCGAGCCACAUUGGCAUGCUUUUACGCAUGCUACAACGACGAUUGGAAAACAUAGCAUCAACUGAGCAGACAGAUGACGAAAUUUAUAAAGAUAUAGUCGCAAAUAUUAAACUCCAUCAACGCCUUAUUAGAUACUGCAACGACCUUUCAGAAUCGUUUUCACUGUCGUUUCUUGUAAAUAUUGUGCUGAGCUCGAUCAACAUUUGUUGCGUCGUAUUCGUUAUAGUCUUACUGGACCCGGUAAUGGCCGUCAGUAACAAACUAUAUAUUAGCUCAGUUUUAAUGCAGAUAGGAAUCUUGUGUUGGUACGCCGACCUUAUCAUUCAUGCGAACGCGGACGUCGCCGUAGCAGCGUAUAAUAGCUGCUGGUACCGUACUAAUCCUCGCUGUCGUCGCGCUCUGCUUUUCCUUAUACAGAGAGCUCAAAAACCUAUUGCAUUUACUGCUAUGGGUUUUACGAAUGUGUCACUUGCUACUUAUUCAUCGAUCUUGACUACGUCAUACUCUUACUUUGCCUUAGCUUAUACUAUGUAUAAUAAAAAUUUGAAAUAGUCAAUCAACCACCAAUUUACAAUUACUUAAUAAUAAGUACUUAAUACGUGUUAUUAAAUAUAAUGACAGCAACAACAAUACAAUAAAGAAAAUAUAUCUAUUAAUAGAUUCGUUUGCCACUUGUUCAGGGAAGCAGUUCUCUCUGCCUAACUAGUAAUGAUAGGUACAUAUAGAUCUUGGUGAAAUUAUAGAUAAAUAGGUAAUAUAUUAGAUACUGUAUACCCAUAUUAUUUUUUUUCCUGGUAAUAAAUUGUGCAUUAAGAUCUAAUUAUACAAUUUUCAACUGGUAUUUACAUAUUUCCUUUCACUUCUACCUUUCACUGAAAUUUUGUCCUACUGUUCUUGGGUUUGCUGUUUUCAAAUAACGCUUUGACGCUUUACGCUUAAAAUAUACGUCCUAUUAUAGGUAUUAUGUAUCAUUCGUAUUUCAAAAUUAUAACAGCAAGCUUAUAUAUGUAUCUUUGUUUACAACGUCAUCUAGCGUCACUUUACUAAACAAAAUGUUG